UGUAGUUAAAUAGUAGUUAGGCCAUACUUAUUUCCUGCAACGGUCUUGUCUUAUCUGUCGACCAAUUUUACUGGUCGUAUCGCGUUGACAUAAACCAUAUAGAAAAUUAAAUAUAUUAUGUAUAUAGUGAAUUAACAUUCUUUAUGUAUAGUAGUAAGUAGUAACUUUAUUUUUUUCCAUCUUUAACCAGUGAUAAGACAUCGAAGCAUUCAUGUCAAUUAAAACAGCCAUCUGCAUUAAAUAUUUUAGUGUUUUAUAUAGCAUUAUAGUCAGGAGCUUAAACUUAUAACAUAAUAAUCCUCCGCUCUGAUCCGUUCAAUAAUUAUAUUAUAAACGAUCAAGAUAAUUAAGUGUUGAGAAAAUGAUAUUGUUUAUGGUUAAUCUGAUUAGAUAAAAGAUAUUGACGUUAAUGAUAUAAAUUAAAUAGAAUAAAAAAAUAUGUAAGACCUACAAAACAGUAAACUUUGAGUUUGCUACGGAACGAUCAGUGUUAAAGAACUUAAAGAAAUAUUUUCAAUCGAUUACAUGAUACAUGUGAUGAUAACAAAUAAACUCUAGCUUAUUGGUAUUCAUUUAAAUACAAGUAACGAGAAUUUAAUUACAUUAGACUUUCGAAACUUGCCAAUUAGUCACUGAGGAUUACCCAAGGACGCUUAGGCAUGCAAUAAUAAAAUAAUUGUUAUAAUAUAUUUGAUACUACUGUUAUCAACGCAAUGAAAAGGUAGAGACAUGACAGUACCAGUGAGAGCUCGUGCUAAAGAAAUAUUAGUUAAGAGAAUUCCAAUACUAGGAUGGCUGCCAAAUUAUACCUGGGGGAAGCUUCUUCAGGAUGCACUGGCUGGUAUCACUGUUGGACUCACUGCUAUUCCCCAGGGCAUUGCAUAUGCUGUUGUUGCCGGUCUUCCUGCUCAGUAUGGACUCUAUAGCAGUUUUAUGGGCUGUUUUGCUUAUCUCAUUUUCGGAAGUACUAAAGACGUGACCAUUGGACCCACAGCAAUAAUGGCUCUACUAGUUCAAUCUUUUGUCUCAAAAUUUGGAAAUGAUUUUGCAGUUCUUCUGUGUUUUCUGUCAGGAUGCAUAAUAAUAUUAAUGGGCCUUCUCCACAUAGGUUUCCUGGUUAAUUUUAUAAGCAUGCCAGUAAUCUGUGGAUUUACAAAUGCUGCAGCACUAAUUAUCGGUGCUUCUCAAUUACACACAUUGUUUGGCAUUCAAGGAAAAACUAAGACUUUUAUUGACUCAAUUGUUAAAGUUUUUAAAAAUAUUAAGCAAGUUAAAUUAUGGGAUACUGUCCUAGGAGUUGUGUCGAUAAUUAUUUUAGUUGGUCUUAAGCAACUGCCAGGUAGCAGAUCAGGAUCAGCCGGAAAGAAAAUAAUGUGGCUACUGUCUUUGGGAAGAAAUGCAAUAGUCGUGAUCACCGGAAUAAUUCUAGCAUAUACAUUGUCAUUGUACGACAACAAUCCAUUUAUUAUAACGGGAAAUAUCACCGAAGGUCUUCCACCACUGAGCUUGCCACCUUUUUCAACAGAGUUCAACAAUACCAAGUAUGAAUUCACUGACAUGGUUAGAGAACUCGGUAGUAGCUUAGCUUCUAUUCCUCUAAUUGCUAUUCUUGAGAAUAUUGCUAUAGCAAAAGCUUUUGCAAAAGGAAAAUCGGUAGACGCAAACCAGGAAAUGAUAGCAUUAGGUUUCUGCAAUUUAUUCGGCAGUUUCGUAAGAUCGAUGCCAGUAGCUGGGAGUUUUACAAGAACUGCUAUUAAUUCUGCGUCAGGAGUGAAAACACCGAUGGGUGGAAUAGUCACCGGUUUGUUGGUACUUUUGGCGUGUGGACUACUUACAUCGACCUUUAAAUUCAUUCCCAAGUGUACUCUUGCUGCUGUUAUUAUCGUAGCAAUGUACUACAUGCUUGAGUUUCACAUUUUUCGCGUCCUCUGGAGAUCUAAAAAGAUUGAUAUACUACCACUAUCAGUGACUCUUGUUUGCUGUCUGCUGAUAAAUCUUGAGUACGGAAUGAUAAUUGGAAUUCUUUUGAAUCUUAUUCUGUUGCUGUAUUUUAGUGCAAGACCAGGAUUGACUAUCGAAGAACGCAACAUUGAAGGUGUCGACGUACUUCUUGUAGCUCCCGAGCAAUCACUGAGUUUUCCAGCCGCUGAAUAUCUUCGGGAGCGGGUCAUUGAGUGGUGCGACAAAAGAUCUUCUUCCAUUCCUGUUAUUAUUGACGGUAAAUUUAUUCACCGAAUAGACACCACUGUUGCAAAAAAUUUGGGUCUUUUGCACACAGAUCUGGAAUCAAGAGAUCAGAAAUUAAUUUUUUGGAAUUGGUGUGACGGUGUCAAAAAUACUUUGAUUAACUAUGACAAAAAUUUGACAGUAAAUUUUCGAGAUUCUGCCAAUGUAGCUCAAUUAUUAUCAGAUGAAAAUUCUGAUAUCACAAUCAUAUCAGCACUUUGAUAGUUAUUUAAGAUAAAAUAAAAUUAUUUUGUAUAAAUAAAUUUUUUUACA